AUGUCUCUCACCGUGUUAACGGACUCGGAUAUCAAGCAUCUUCUUCAAGACCUCACCCUAAAGGAUCUGGAAAGAUUUCAGGAUCAGAUGAGAAGAGCUCUUCAUGAGUAUUCUACAGGAACGCAGGAUGAUGACUGCUGCAGUUUGCACCAACCUAGAAGAACAGUUCUUGAGUCCAAGCAUAAAAGGACAACACUAUUCAUGCCUUCUACUGCAUCUGCGGGCAUUGGAAUGAAAGUUGUUACUCUUCCUCAGCCAGGUUCUUCCAAUGAAUCGUCGGACUCGGACUCCAUAUCCACCUCUUCAUCGACUAAAAAUCCAAGUACCCCUCAAGGUUCUCUUACGCUCAUGGAUAAAACAGGGCUGCCAUUCGGCUUUCUCAAUGCAUCAGAAACCACUGCUUUUCGCACAGCUCUAGCUUCCUCUCUUCUAUUGACACCCCGUACCAAGGUCAAAACUAUAACAGUAUUUGGUGCUGGGAAGCAAGCGUUUUGGCACGUCCGUCUCGCUCUUAUUCUCCGCGGCCCAACUAUAAAACAAAUAAACAUCAUAUCUCGCGCUUUUACAGACCGGGUACGCAAUCUUAUGAAGGCAUUUCUCGAAGUACCUGCUGCUACGAAGGAACGUGAAGGUUGGACCAAUGUGAAGUUCUCUGUUCUUAGCCCUGCCUAUGGAGAAUUCGCUCGUCUAGAGAAAGAAUAUAUUCGAGCUUCGGAUGUUAUUUUUUGCACGACUCCAUCAACCUCGCCAUUAUUCCCUCAUUCUAUCUUAACAAAUACAGAAGGUAGGAAGAAGGGGCGGCUCAUUGUCGCCAUAGGCAGUUAUAAACCUCAUAUGAUCGAAAUACCUCUUGAAAUCGUGGCGCAAGCAGUUAAAGUUCAUGGUAGUGGCCAUCAUUUUCAUAGACAUGCCGAAGAAGGCGGAGUAAUCGUAGUUGAUACGAUAGACGGAUGCAAACAAGAAGCAGGUGAAAUAAUCCAAGGCAAUGUUUCGGCCAAAAAUUUGGUUGAAUUAGGCGAAUUGGUCAUGCUAUCUCAUGGAAUCGAUCCUCUCAACCAGUCAUCUGCCAUUGAUGAUUCAGAUGAAUCUCCACGUAGCUCAGUCGACCUCCACAAUUUACACAUAGACGGAACUGGCAACGGUGACGCAACACCGACCCCAGGUUCACCACUUUCCCCCACCUCUCCACCUCUGGCUCGCAGCAUGGCCAACAUAUUUCACUCGGAAAAUUCCACCUCCCCCUCAUCAUCUCGCAGCCCUUCUCGCAAAUCUUCUUUCUCCUUUCGCAAACCCAGAACAGGAUCCACAAGUACAAAUACUACUAAUUCAAGUGGUACAUUGGGAAUGUUAGGAAAGGAGGUACAGACAGAAAAGGAAGAUUCAAUGAGUAGAUGGCUGAGGAAUGGAAAUGUUAUAUAUAAGAGUGUGGGGAUGGGUCUUAUGGAUUUGGUGGUUGGGGCGGAGUUGGUUAGGUUAGCGAGGGAAAAGGGGGUGGGUGUUUCUGUAGAGGGCUUUUGA